AUGCCUGGGGAGCAGCCCCGCGGAGCGCCACCCCCAACCGCGACCAGAGGCCUGCAGUCCUGCCAAACAACCAGUGGCAUGGCCAGUGGCACAGCCACCCAGCCCGCCGGCGAGGACGGUGCCCCAGCCAACAGGACCGCCAAGGCCUCAAGGGAAGCGGGUAGCGGGACCCAAGCCAUGGAGCCCCCUGAUACCCAGCCUGAGCAGGCUAGGGAAGUGGAGCCCAAGACUCCCCUGCUGAGAACCCAGCCCCUAAGCAGCCCCCCCAGGAAGGGUGGCAGCCCCCGGGCUCCACUAGGGAGGAGCCACACACAGGUUCCCACACAGUGCGCAGCCAGCAGGGCAGAUAGCAGCCCCCAGCAGCUCUACACUCUGAGCAUUUCGGGCUCAAGGGCCAGACCUGGCCUACGUGAUUCCCCUGAGGGCCCACAGUGUGAGGCCCCCCGACCCCCAGAGGCAGAGGCCCCUCCUGCCCCAGAAGAGCUCAACUUCCAAAGGUGCUUCCAGGAGACACCCUCCAGCUUUACCUCUACCAAUUAUACCUCACCGAGUGCCACCCCAGGCCCCCCACCCCUUAGGGCCCCCCAGAGCAAUGACACCAGCCCCUGCAGGCCAGCCUCCUACUCAGAAUUCCAGGCCAGUGGGGCCGACACCUGGCCUUCCACUGCUGAGAACAACUUCCCAGGUGCUAGUUUCAGGGUCCUUCCCACAGAGCAGGAGCCCUUUCCUGAAGGUGGCAGUCCCAGGGUGGCCUCCUUCCAGAUCCCCUUCCCAGUGCUGCAUGGGGCUGGCCCAAAGUCCUUCCCCAAGGACACGGCGGGGCCUGAGUACUCUGAGAGGGCACUGGUGUUUGCCUUCCACCAGCCUCGGGCUGAAUGGCAGGAGGAGGCAGUGGGCACAGGCAUGGGCUACCCCCUGCCCACCCAGCCUGCUGCCCCACCACCGCCCUGCUACUCCAGCCAGCCGGGACGCCUUGACCCUGCCAAUGACCUCCACCGUGUUCUCUCCACAACUGGUGCUGCUCACCCAGCCCCCAACCCCUUCUCAGAAAGCACAGUCACCUUCCCAGACAGUUUGCACAAGAGCCUGACCAAAGCCCUCCCUGAGAGACCACCUUCUGCCCACAAUGGGCUGGGGAGCCCCAGGGGACCCCCAAACUCUCUGCCACAGAGGCACUUUCCUGGGCAGGCUUAUGGGAGCCCAAGAGCAAGUGGGAUGAGCACCAGUCCUAGGUCUCUGGACACAGAGCUGGCCACACCUGGGCCUCCGCCCACCAGAUUGCCCCAGCUGUGGGAUCCCACCAGAGCCCCUUACCCCACACCUCCCCUGGGUCCCCCAGCCACCACUAGGAGUGUGUUCUUUGAAGGCCAGCCCAGCCCAAACCAGCGGCUUGGCCUCCCCCAGAGCCCCACACUGCCCUGGCCCCAGGUGCUCCCAGGCACCAGACCCAGCCCCCAUCAAGUGGAGAUGCUGAGCCGGCUGCCUUUUCCCCCAGGGGCCCCUGAGUGGCAGGGGAGCAGCCAGGUAGCCCUGGGUGCUGCCAGCAAGACACCUGGACCAGGGGAGAAGCCAGCAGUGCUGAGAAACAGCCAGGGCCAGCACAGCAGCAGUUCCCCAGGGCUGUUCACCUACAAUGGGCUGCAGGACCCUGGAGCCCAGCCCCUGUUCUUUGGGGUGGCUCAGCCCCAGGUCUCACCCCAAGGGACCCCCAACCUGCCCCCACCCAGGCUGGUGGGAGCCUCUCCCAGUGAGUCUCCACUGCCCUCACCGGCCACCAACACAGCUGGCAGCAGCACCUGCUCAUCACUGUCACCGCUGUCCAGCAGCCCAGCCAACCCCAGCUCAGAGGAGAGCCAGCUCCCUGGCCCACUAGGGCCCUCUGCCUUCUUCCACCCCCGCAAUCACCCCCAGGAGAACAGCAGUCCCUUCCCAUCCCCUGAGACCUCAAAUGCCCUCCCCAUCCACUACCAGCCAGAGCCAGUCAAGACCUUCCCUUUCCCCACAGAUGGGCUGGGGGCCGAGGGCACCUUCAAAUGCCUGGAGGAGGCCCCAUUCCGCAGUGGGGGCCCCAAGGUGGGCAGCAGGGCGCUGGAGGGCUUCCCCCCAGAGCCACCGCCCUACUCUUCCCACCACUUCCCCCUCAGCAGCGCCAGCCUGGACCAGCUGGACGUACUGCUCACUUGCAAGCAGUGCGACCGAAACUACAGCAGCCUGGCCACCUUCCUGGAGCACCGGCAGUUUUGCAGCCUGCUCCUGGCCAGGACCAAGGACAGCCACCAGCAGCCCUCGGAGAUCCCCACGCCUCCCACUGCCCCCUCUGUGCUGGCUGCCCCCAAAGCACCAGCAAGUGGGAACCCAAGCCUGCUCGGCCACACUAAGACGGUCCCCUUCCUGCUAGGGGGAGAAGUCCGGGUGGAUGGCAAAGAUGACCCCCUGAGGACAGGUUUCUUGCCCAGCCUGGCCACUGCCCCCUUCCCACUCUCUGCUGGGGACCUGGACCUGGAGGAUGAUGCCAAGCUGGACAGCCUCAUCACUGAGGCACUCAACGGCCUGGAAUACCAGUCAGACAACCCUGAGAUCGACAGCAGCUUCAUCGACGUCUUCACCGACGAAGAACCUUCUGGCCCCAGAGGUCCCAGUAUUGGGCUGCCCCCCAAGACCAGGGUGGGGGUCAUGCCAGAGAACAAAACUCAGCUCCCAGCCCCAGCCCCAGAGUCCCAGGCCCCUCGCCCUGGUGAUGGGAACUACUUGGCCUGCAGUAGGCCCAAAACUCGAUCCCUGGGCCCAGUGCCUGCGGAGGCAGAUGGGGUCAGCCUGGCCAGCCAGCAGAGGAGAGGGAAGCAGUUUAAGUUUUUCCAGGGAGAGCUGGACACAGUCAACACUGCUAAGAGGUCAGGCAGGAGCACUAGAGCCGCCUGCCUGAGGCCCAGGAGAAAGGGCAACAGGGCUGAGCCAGCUCCACCCCACCCCCGGGACCUCAGGACCCAAGCCCCCAAGAGCCACACAGAUACCUGUGGUAGGGUCCUCCCAGUGGAGACCAGGAGCUCCAAGCGCCUUCGACUGUCCCUGGGGAAGGAUUCCAGGAGGAGGAAGGCCUGGGGUGGCACCUGGAGCAAGGAGCUCAUCCACAAGAUUGUGCAGCAGAAGAAUCAGCUGCACAAGCGGCAGGCACAGCAUGGCCAGGGCAGGUGCUUCUCCCUGGCGACUGAGAGGCCCGCACCCAGCACCUUGGACGGCAGUCUCCAGGAAUACGACUACGCCUCAGAGUCCGAGGAAGAAGACAACUUGCAGCCGCGGGGCUCUCGCUUCAGGGGCCAGUCCCGCCACAGCAGCCGGCGUCGGCGGCGCCAAGGUGAGAAGAGGAAGGAAAUGGACUUGGCCCUGGGUCCUAGAGAAGAUCAACAGCAGCAGAAAUCCAGGAAGGUGAGGCAGGAAACUGCAAAGCCAGGCAGGCCUUCCCCAGGCCCCACUGAGAGUCCCAAGGCUCAGGGCCCACUGCAAAGCCCUGAGACCAGAGAGAACCCUAAGGAGAGAGACCCCAAGUGUAUCCUGCAGGUUCCCACCAGCACCAAGACCCCAGAGGAAAACCAUGCAUCGCUGGACUGCCUUCAAGAAGAUGUUCCUCCUGACACCACAAAGCUUCUCAGAGAUGUUUCCGGCUCUCCUCCGUCCACCUGUGUGGAAGGAAGUCUCUGUUCCCCAGCCCCAGAGCAACCACAGCCAGGCAGAGAGGACACCAUGGCGCCCCACAGGAGCUCAUCAGCACCAGGUGCAGGCAAUCUGCUGGGUGUCCCCAGGUGCACAGAACCCCCCAUCUCUCGUGAAAAAGAGGACCCCCCUGCCUACCUGCCAGGAGAAUUGCUGGUCCCCAUCACUAACACCUCUGCUGCCUACCCCCAGCCUAGCAUUGUGUUUUUAAAGACCCCUGAUCUUGGAUGUAACUCUGCUCUUUUUAACAGAGACUCCACUGUUCCAGCUGCCAAAAAGGGGCCCCAGCCCUAUAGCAGUCCCCCCAGCGAAUUGCUCCUUGGCCCCAAAGACCUGGCUGGCUGUUUCCCCAAAGACUUGUACUCCAAGCCCUUAGCUCCGGACACGCCUUCAGCCAGCAGCAUGCACCUGUGCCAGGAGGGUGUAGACGCCAGUUCCCUCAAGCCAAAACCUCCCGGGAGUCCACCCUACACAGUCGACACAGACCCAGGCAAAGCCGAAUCACCACUGACCUUGGAGUCCACGCCCCUCCUCUCUGGGCUGCCCGUGGACGACUUCGAUUCGCCAAUCUACAGCAGCCUGUCUGGAAACGGGGAUGCACACUCACCAUCCACGUACAUCGAUCCUCCCCAGAAGAAAGCCCAGCUAGACCCGUCAUACCCCUCAUUUCUGCCUGAGAAGGGCUGGUCCCUGCUGGAGGAAGCUUCCCCAGUGCUAUCCAGCCACCUGGGCCAUUUUCCUGACCUCUCGGGGGCAAAGGCUUUCAGUAAGAAGUGUCCUCGUGAAAGGACAGGAGCCACCACCCCUCCCCCUUUGCCUUCCAAGGUUAGCGAAUGUAGCAUUGCUUUUAUGAGCAACCUGUCUGAGGAUGAAUUAGAGAUCAAAAGGCUGGUCACUGAAUUAGAAAGUCAGCUGCAAAGUAAAGGUGUGCAUGAGGACACAGGAGAGCCGCGUGGAGCUCAGCACACAGGCAGAAUGCUCUCGGGCACAGGCACCCCCCUGCCCACCCACCAGGCUGCCUCACCCCGAAAGGACUCAUUCUCCGCGGCUGACCUCACUGGCCUUGGGGAACUGAGUCCACGCCAGGAGGGAGCAGAAACACCCAUGGCCACCACAAAGGGGACUCUAGAGAGCCCCGAGGAGGAGUGGCCCUCGUUUCAGCAGGGAGAAGCAGCCCCUCCUCCUACUACCCACAAAGACCAGGUUUCUGGAGCUUCUUUCAGCCCCACUGGGGUUAGCCUCAGUUUCCAGCCAGCGCAGAACAGCAGAGUCUCCAGGAGAGGGCUCCCUGAGGCAGAAGAGGGCUGCAGGGGCUGCCCAGAAGCCUGUCUACCGGGCCCCGGAGAGCCACUCAACCCCCCAUCGGACAGGGGGAGUUUAGUAAAGUGCAGCCUAAACCAUGAGCCUUUACAUCUUAAAAAUGACAAGGCCACCAGAAUCCAUCACAACGAAGACGCCUUGCUGCCCCUUCCCUGCACUCGGAGAAGAGAGCUGCUCCCAGGAUCCUGCAAGGCUCAGGGGCCUGGCCAAGAUGUCCCAGAGCUGGAAGCGCUCAACAGCCCUGUUGCCCAUCUGGCACCUCACUUGACAUUUCGGGGUGCCAAGGUUCUAUAUCCAAGUGCCACUCCACCUUCUGGUGUCAGUCACAGGGAGGUCCUCAACGGACAUUCUCCAAGCAGGACAGAUGGGCCAGAAGAAGCAGGUCCCUUCCACCCUGUAGCAGAGGGCCUUGGCUCUGAGGGUAACAAGGAGUUUGUACCAGCAGGAGCCUCUCCAAGAUCUGCCUGCAUUCCCAACUCCAGUCCUUGCAGGAGGCCCCAGGACCCAGAUGAAAGCCCCCUACAUCAACUCCAGCUCCUGGUGGCCAGAGCAGCUGUGAGUGAAGAUGACACCCAGGGCUUACAGGGGCCCCGGCUUGCCAGUGCCCAGAGUCCUCAACAGAACAACCCUUCAGAUGUGGAAAGGGACAGCAUGGAAUGUGGGAAUGUGGCCCACAUCACUGCCAAGGCCUCGGAUGGGGGUGUUCAGAUGGCAGCUAUCCCUGCAAUGGCCCAAUGUCAGCUGAGGCCAGAGGCAGAUGACCAUCUGGGCUCACUCAGCCAGGCUGAGAAGCUCAAAAGCCAAGGCAAAGCCAGCCAGCUGCAACCAGAUAACUGGGGGAGCCCAGGGAGAGCUGACAACCUCACCACAGUCAAUGCUGAUCCUGAAACCACACUGGCCAGCCCGGUUGGGGCUGCAGACCAGCUAGGAGGGCAGGUCCAGGGAAGCAGACUGAACUUGGGCCUUCAGAACGAGGCACAGUCCACCCCCAGCCCCACUUCCUCUGAUGUGGAUUCUUUGGCUCCGGCCUUGAGAGCAGCCCAUGCCCAAAAUGGGCCUGAGGACUGGACUCCAGAGGUGGCCAGUUCAGGCCUUAAGAAGCACCUGCUGCUCACUGGGGAGAGCCCAGAGCUCCCCAUGAGAGACGUGGCCAGCUGUCCCCCCUUACCCAUUUCUGCAGCCACCCCUGUUCCCUGCAACCUUGAGCACCUGCUCCAUGAAGACCCUUCCAUGGUGCCUUCGGGUGAGCUGAGGGUGCUGCUCCCAGCAUCUCCAUCCCGAGGGGACCCCACCAGCACAAAGCAUCUGCCAGCCUAUUCCUCUGCCUGUACAGCUCUGAAAAGUGCUGACUGCAUCCCAGCUCCCACAGAUGCUAAGGCUGGGGAAGGCCUGGCAGCCUCAUCUUUAAGGACAAGUUCUUGUGGGCUCAAGGAAAGCCUGGCUUGCCGCUGUCUCCUAGGGGAACGAAGCCCGCUGGAAGACCCUUCCACCAGCCAGCCCGGCUUCAUCAAUGUCUUCAUCUCCACCCAUGUGGGGGACCACCCUGAAGGCCACAUGUCAAGACCCCUAGAGGGUUCUAGAAAAGAGAAGCCAAGGGGAUCUCCUGCCUAUGAUGUCCCUCCUCCCCCAGCAAGGGCCAUGUCCCCAAGAGUGACCAUCACAGCUGCUGCCCUACCUGGCAUCCCCGCCUCAGAUAGCAUGGGGGCAGUCAGAGGCCCUAGGGCUGAGUGGCCAGACCCUUGCAAGGUAGCCUUGCCCAACACCAGCCCAGACAGGACGCCCAAGGACCCCUCCUCAGAACACCCAAGAAACAGGGAAGGCCAGAGCAUCACCACUGUGCCCACUGACCCUUCUACCCAGAUGACAGCAGGGCCAGAGCCUCCUACCUGCCAGGAAGGUGAGGCAGGGGCCAGCACCCAGGGCAAAGUAGACUUUCAGAUAACUGGGGCUGGGCACCCUGGCAUUACAAAAGCCUCAGGAGCUGGCACCGGAGACUUAACAGUCACCUGCCCUUAUGAAGACCUCCACCAGGACAGAGCCACCUCUCUGAGCAGCACAGCCAGCAACUCCAGACCCGACUCCCCAAAGAGCCUCAGAAAUGUCCUCCACCAGAUGCCCCAAAGGGACCUUCUAUGUCCUCAGGACCCCAAACAGAAGCCUUGUGGCUUUAAAAAUAGGCCCAUGUCUACUGAGAACAUUCGCUGGAAGAACAGAGACCCCAGCGGGCGGCCCGUGACCUGCGAGGUCUGCUCCGCCACCUUCCGUUCCGGACCAGGCCUAAGCCGCCACAGAGCCAGGAAGCACAGGCUACACGGGGCCACCUCCCAGCCAAGGUCCCCAGCCCUGCCUGCUCCCCAAGCUGGGGAACCCGAAGCCCAGAUGAGCUUCCCCCCCAGGAAAAAAAGCCGCAGGGCACCUGGGAAAGAGAAACCCAGGCACAGGCUGAGCGGUCCCAGCCACACUGCUGGCUCACCUCCAGUCCAGGGCUCUGCAGCUCCUGAGGAUGCCCCAGGUCCCGAGAUGUCCAAGGGGCUCAGGCGGGGGCUCAGCAUUGUGAGAACACCAGGCUGUCCCCCCAGCCUGGGACCACACCCCUCAGGCCUAGUCAAGCAAGAAGUGGGCUCAAGGCCUGCAGAGGCCAGGAAACGGUACUUGCUGCAGAGGGAUGAGCCCUGUCCCAAACGGGCAGAGAGAAGAGGAGGUGAGAGGCGAGGCAGAGCACCCGUGGACAUCCCCAGCGAGUCAGAGGGGAAAUCAAAGAAGAAAUCGAAAAAGCCAAGAGCGAGAAGGUUCCGGGAAGAGAGUAGUCCUCGAGUCUCCUCUGAUGUGAUUUCAGAUAGAAGCCACUGGAAUCCAUCAACUGCUGUUGUCAAUUGCCCAGCCCCCUUGAGCCACUGCCUCUCACAGGAGGCAGAUCAAGAGACUGAGGUCACACAGCCGCCUCUCCUCACGGCCACAGAACUGGAGAUGUCCACAUGGAAGUCACCUGGGAACCGGGUGGCCCCUCCAGGGACGGUGGAGGGGGUGUCUCCUGGGGAAGAGCCAGGGGAGCAGAAGGCAGCCUUGGCAAGGGGGUGCUGGGGACCCAGAGAGACCAGGACGUCGGGUGUCUGCAGAGAAAUGUCAAGGGCAGCUGGGGGUACGCCUGCAGGGCACAGCACAACAGCCGAGAGUGGGUCAGAGCAAGGUGCCUGGGAAGGACCCAAGCCCCCCUGGGGACCCCCCAGCCCUCCAGAGACUUGUGGUUCUGAAGCAGGUGGCACCAUAAACAGUUGUCUACAAGGCUCCCUGGGACCGCACCCCUCAGGCCUGGUCAAGCAAGGAGUGGUCCAGGAGCAUGAAGGUGUCACUCCUGAAGCCCCUGGCCUGGGUCUCGGGGAUGCUUUGAAUUUAUUUGAUGACGAAGCUUCCUUUUCCCAGCUCUUCCCUCUGGGCAAUCGCUUAACUCGGAAGAAGAACCCCCGAGUCUAUGGGAAGCGCUAUAAAAAGCCAAAGCCUCCGCCAUUGCCGGAGCCCAGUAGGGAGUUCCAGGACAGCAAUGCUCUGCCCUCCACCCACAUGCCCACGGAUCUCAGUGACUCAGGCUCCCUCUGCCUUUCCCACGAGGACCCAUGGAGUGAUGAGGCCAUGGGCCUGCCUGAGUCCUUCCUCCUGGAGGGCUUCCUCAGCAGCAAGGUGCCUGGCAUUGACCCCUGGGCCCCAGGACCCAGCCUAUGGGCCCUGGAGCCUGACUUGGAGGUGGACUGUGCCAAGCACGAAUCCUCCUGCAGUGCCGAGGACCACCAGCCGGAGAAUAUCCCUGAGCUGCACAUGGUCCCAGCAGCUUGGCGAGGCCUGGAGCUGCGGGCCUCCACCGAUGAGACUGCCUCUUCUCUCGGAGACAUGAGCCCUGAGCCCCCCAACCUGGAGAGAGAACACUACAACUGUGGGCUCCCAGGGAAUGCUGUGGAUCUUGAGAGGCUCAGCACCAGACUUGAGAUGCAAGAUCUAUGCUUUCUGGGACCCUGCAAAGACCCCAUGGCUCUCCCCAGAGUGAGCUUCUUAGACUUCAAGGCCACAGCGAACUCCCAGGGGCCACGGAGCAAAAGGACAGAGGAGGUGGCCGACGCCAGAAGGGCCCCAGUCAGAGACCGGAAUGCCAAGGCCAGGAGGGCACCCUACAAGUGCAGGGUGUGCUUCCAGCGCUUCCAUGGCCUGGGUGAGCUGGACCUCCAUAAGCUGGCCCAUAGCCCCUCACCGCCCCCCACCUGCUACAUGUGUGUGGAGCGCAGGUUUGGCUCUCGCGAGCUGCUACGGGAGCACCUUCAGGAGAAGCACGUGCAGGGCCGGACGGGGCUGUGGGCCUGCGGCAUGUGCCUGAGGGAGGUGGCCGAUGUCUGGAUGUACAACGAACACCUGCGGGAACAUGCCCUACGAUUCGCCAGAAAGGGGCCGGCACGAAGGUUCCUGGGAGACCCACCUGGAUGCUGGGAGGGGGACAACACUGUCACACACUUCCUGAGCAGCAUCAUGGGGCAGGCAUCCAAACCUCCCAGGGGUAAAUGCUCAGUUGGCCAGGCAAAUGGGGGCCCCACAGAGAGGGAGAGGGCAAAACCCAAGGCUCGUACCAAAAACUCAAACCAGGAUGGCACCUUGACGCCAGACAGCACCUUAGCCAACAGCAGCCUGUCAACCUGCCCAAACCCCACUCUGCCCAGCAGUUCUGCCACUCUCCCUGGCUCCACCAAGAUGUGCCCCAGUCCAUCCCCUGCCCCCUGCUCCAACCAAGAGCCCCUACUCCACACCAUCCCGGUGCACCAGGACUGCAAGGACCCCUCCCGAGACUGCCACCACUGCGGCAAGCGGUUCCCCAAGCCUUUCAAGCUGCAGCGCCACCUGGCGGUGCAUAGCCCACUGCGCGUCUUCCUGUGCCCGCAGUGCCCAAGGGUCUACCCUGAGCCCCGCGAGCUGCGUGCACACCUUGCCAGGGAGCACGGGGUGAAGGAGGAGCUGGAGCUGCAGCACACUCCACUGUAUGCCUGUGAGCUCUGUGCCAACGUCACCCACAUCAGCAAGCGGUCCUUCAUCUGCAGUUCCUGCAACUACACGUUCGCCAAGAAGGAACAGUUUGACCGACACAUGGACAAACACCUGAGGAAGGGGCAGCAGCCCUUCACAUUCCGUGGGGUGCGGAGGCCAGGCGCCUCUAGGCAGAAGGCUCAGGCCGAGGAGGGCUCACUGCCUAGCAAACAGCACAGAGUGGCCACGCCCAGCAGCGCCCCUGGGCCCGUCAUGGACCGGUCUAUGUCUCUGGACAACAGCCCCGCUUUGAGCGAGACAUCCCUCCCAGCUCUGCUCCAGCCCUGCCUAGAGGCAGCUCCUGGUGGCACCAGGGGUCAGCCCAAGACCCCAGAGAGGCCCAUGGAUCCUGUGGGCCACCUGGCCAGGGACGACAAUCUGCCCUCUGACUCCCAGGAGCUCAUUCUCCCAUCUCUGUCUCCUUUCCCAGCAGCCUUAGCUGAUGGCAAAGAUGGCCACAAGCCAGACCAAGCCCUGGAGAGCCCCACAGACAAGGCUUCCCCAGGCAGCCCUGGGCCUCUUCUCCAGCAGGUUCUUUCGCUGGAGGGGUUUCUGCCCCAGCAAGGGGCCAGAGGCCAAGCCACAGAGGAACAGAGGGCAAUCGGCCUAUUCUCAGGGAAAGGCAGGACCCCGAGUGCCCCUGGCAAAUGUGCCCCUGACCAUCGCCCAGAAGCUCCCUCCCUGCUCCGGAAGGAGAAGCAGUGCCAUAAGGGCAGGGCCACCAAGCAUGGGAGCUGUCGGAGUUCAUCAAAGGACAGGCCAACUUUGUCCAUCCCCAGCAAAGCACCCAAAUUCCCGGUGCAAUCAAAGAAGGCCGUGGCCAGCCCAAAACCUAGAGAGCCAGCCUGUGGCACUGAGGACAGGCAAAAGCCCACUGCUCUCAAAGCCAAGCCCAGCUCCCAGGGCAAUGGAGGGCCACAGCACAGCACCAAGACAGCAGGUGGCAGCCAGCCUCAACCAGCCAGCGGGCAGCUCCAAAGCGAGACAGCCACCACCCCAGCCAAGCCCAACUGCCCAGUCCAGAGCCCCGCCCCAGACAAGCCCCCCACUCGAGCCCCAACCAAGGGCUACCCCAGGGCACCAAGGGAAGCUGGUGACCACAGGCCCCAAGGGAGCCUGGUCCCCAGGGAGGACAGGGAGGGCAAAGAGAAAAAGAGAAAGGGCCGGGCCCUGGGGCCAAGCAGGAGUGAAAGUGUGGGGAGCUUGGGGAGAGCCCCUUCAGUCCCUGACAAACCCCGCCGGGCUCCCCGGAAGCAGGCUACUCCCAGCCGUGUGCUCCCUGCCAAGCCCAGGCCCAGCAGCCAGAGCAGCUCUACACUGCCCCAGCCCUCAGAGCAACAGAGGGGGGAGCCCAGCCACACGCACCGGGACUUCAGACGCAGCAAAGAUGGGCUAGGCAAGGCCUUCCCCCAGGCGAGACCCCUGCACAGGACCCCCAGGAGGGGCAGAGCUGUCCGCGGUGCUGAACAUGCCAACCCCCGAGCCUGCUGGACUGCUGAAUCCCAGAGCGACCUCCUCAGCCAGCUCUUCGGACAGAGACUAACCAGCUUCAAGAUCCCUUUAAAAAAGGACCCCUCAGAGUAAUUUAUAGGAGUGAGAGGGUGCGUGGGAGAAGGGCUGGGGGACGAACCCAGUGCAUAAGGGACUCCUGUCUACACUGGCAAGCUUCAGUCCUCUGAGAUAGUUUGAUUGGUGGCCAUAUCUUAAUCCAGCUGACUUACCAGGCAAUGCUCAGACUGCAGUGUUGGAGCUGAGACUCUAAUGCUUUGGGCAGGGCCUGGGGUUGAUGGACAGCAAACCCUUUCAACCUAGAAGGUGAGGGUGAGGGGCAAGCCAACUGCAGGCUCUUCGAGGCCACGCAGCUGUUUUUUCAGUACCAAGAACUUGAAGAAAGAGCAGCUCACACCUUGCACCCAAUGUGCCCCAUCCUUUGAAGGUUUGCACAGGUUCCCGCCACCAUGUCAUCUAGCAGGGAAGUAAGUUGAGGCAGCCACGGUCGGAUCGCAGCAGGCCCCCCUUAGUCUUGUUGCUGCUGUUGCUGCAGUUCCAAAGUGGCCUUACAGAUCAAAUAGGGGGGCUCUCCACCUGGAAGAGCUACCUGGCCCCCAGAGCACAACAGGCUUUCUCUGACAUAUGGUCGUGAAGGCCACUAUCCGUGCCUCCGACAGAAGCGCUGGUCUCCAGUGCACCUUGACCCCUGACGAUCAGGUUCCCAUUUGGACAGGGAAGAAACUGCUCAUCAGCCAGCUCCCACCGGUUCUUCCUCCCCAUCCCCCCCCACACACACACACACACACCUCCCCCACACACACCCCAGCCUCUGUGGUUGCCUUUCUAGAGCCUUCCUCCUACACGGAGCUCUCGGCUGCAAGUAUCAGCAAUUUAGCUCUGAAGUUUCUGGUGCUAUUUUCAUGUUGUAAUGUGAAUACAGGCUUCCUUUAUUUGUUUUACCUGGGGGAUUGGGAGGGGAGACAGGGUGGGGAGGUGCGACAGGGACUGCACAGAAGGCCCACAGGCACCAGCCGCCCCAAGAAGUCUUUCACUGGCUCCCUGGCCAGCAGGCUCCAGCCCCAGGGUUGCAGUCAGAGAAGCUGGCUGGGACACUCAGGGCCGGGUGUGGCGCUGCUGGCAUCUCAUGCACUGACGUGACCCAGGGCUCGGUCCACACGUCCUUUUUACAGAAUCUUGUCUUCGAAGGGAGUAGGAGUGUGGGAAAGGCUUCCUUCUAUUCUUGGGUGUCUGGGGUUCAUGGUUUGUUUCCUUCUGUUUUUUUUCAUUUUUUUCUUGGGUACCAUGUGCAUGUCAAAAGUUUUUAUUUUGGUAUUUUGAAAGAGACCAGAUUAGGCCCCAAUCUCCUUUCUAGAAGGCAUUGUGUGCCACUCAGAAUGCCUCUUUAGUGCUGAUAAAUAAAACAUGGGGGAACUCUGAGGCUGUACUGUACGGAUCACAGCAAACUCAUCCUGUCAAAUAUAUUCCCACUAUUUUCACAGAAA